GAUAAGGUGCCUAAAAUAAAGUUUGAAUUAAACAUAGUUUUCUUAUCUGUAUUCAGAAGAACAAAAACUGUGCUUACAAUGGAAUUGUACUUUAAUGUGAUUAUAUUUUCCAUCUGUUCAUUUGCAGUUUUUAGUUGCCCCAAUGGAUGGUCUACACAUAACUCUUCGUGCUAUUUAUUCAGUCAUGACACAGAAGACUGGGCAAACGCUGUGACAUUGUGCCAAAUAUUUGGGGGUCAUUUGGUUGAAAUUGACGACGAUAUUGAGAACCAGUAUAUAGUUGCCCAAGCAAAACUUUAUAAUAAAGUUUUCUGGAUAGGAUUAAAUGAUAUACAAGAAGAGAACAGCUGGGUGUGGGUCAACAGCCAAGAUCCUGUAAAAUACACUAACUGGGCUCCGAAUCAACCUGAUAAUGGCGGACAAAAUGAAAACUGUGUUCACUUGUAUCCUGGUUUCAACUACACAUGGAAUGAUUACCAAUGUCAUAAAUUUAAUAACUACAUAUGCGAGAAAACGGCUGAAAGUGCUGUUAUAAUUGGUUAGAAACUGCCUGUUGAUAAAGGACCAAAGUGGAUAUCAUUUUCCUGUACUGUUGAUGUUAAACAAUAUUAAACAAUAUUAACUUCUUAGACAAUAAAGAAAGACAUUGUAAUUUAA